UAUUCUCUGUUCAGCAAUGAGAAAUAAAAAUCCCGACCGGACGAGAAAUAAACAUUUAAGCGAGGCAUCUAAGCACUUUCAAAGCAGUUCGAAUUAACGUUGCGUGUAUACACACACAGAAGUCGUGUGCCCAGUAAAAUUGGUUAAAAAGUUGAUAUCAAAUUUUUCAAUUUGAGAACGAUCAAGAGGAUCGAUCGAUCCUUUGAUAAGAUGACAAUAAUCGAAUAUCGAUUAAUCGGUCCGUUAUCACUCGUUCCUAACCUUCCGUAGCGUUUAAUCAACGAUGCAGAGAUUCAGUUCCGCGUCGACCGUCGACAUUGAAGUUGCGUGCGAAAAGGCGCCAGGCUCGUCCGUGAUUGGUUUCUCGUUUGGAAAGCUGAACGGUGACUCGAAUACCACGAUGUAAAAUUUAGUCGCUGUGAAGUCGCUCAAGUGUGAACAAGUAAUUCGAUAACCAUGAUAAGAGGAGCGUACAGGGGAUUGUACAGCAUCGUGCAGAGAAUGAGCGCGGCUACAGGAAACAAUUAUGCGACCGCACAAAUAGCACCGUUGCAGAAAGCCGCUCUGGAGGAGCGUUGUAUAUUGGUGGACGAUCUGGACAGGUCUGUCGGUGAAGCCACCAAAAGGGCCUGUCAUGAGAUCAAUAUGGAAGGAGAUGUACUGCUCCACCGAGCGUUCAGUGUUUUCCUGUUCAACAGCAAAGGAGAGCUGCUACUUCAAAAGAGAUCCAAGCAUAAGAUAACGUUUCCGGAUCAUUAUACAAAUACAUGCUGCAGUCACCCGCUCGCGGAGAUACCCGGGGAAACGGUGGAGGAAGAUGCUAUUGGUAUUCGCAGAGCGGCGGUGAGACGACUCAGUUACGAGCUGGGCAUACCCAGCGAGGAGAUUCAACCUACCGAGUUACUUUACUUGACCAGAAUCCACUACAAGGCGGUCAGCGAUAGUCGCUGGGGCGAACACGAGAUUGAUUACAUGCUGUUCCUUCAGAAAGACGUUACCAUAGAUCCAAAUCCCGAUGAAGUGAGCGAGGUUCGGUGGGUGACUAGAUCGGAGAUCGAGAGUCCUACUUUCCUGAAAACCGUGCAAGCGCCGUUAACACCGUGGUUCCAGUUAAUCUUGAAGUACAAACUGCUGCAAUGGUGGUGGGACAAUCUGGAGACUCUCGAUAAGAUGCAAGAUGUCGAUAAUAUAACCGUACUAUCGUGACGCACGACGAUGCAAAUUUUGUCACCUUGAAACUAGCGCGCCGAUCUUCAGCAUGAUAUCUAACAAGAAUGUCUCGACUGAUUGCUACGUUGAUGAUUUAUCGGUAAUUGGUUCGUUCGUUCGUCCGACGUUCAUCGGACGCCUUCAGUACAGUUUGUAUCACUGCAAAGUGCGUUCAGGAAGCGCGUGGCGACAUUCUGUUCUUGGUUCAGUCAACGAUAUAGAUCAAAUGACGCUUUAACGCUGAUUGUUGAGCGCUUCCUGAACACGCUCCUAAAAGUAGUAGAAAUAAUGUAAACGUUUUUUGUAACUGCGUUUUUCUAAUUCAAAUUUUUUAUACGUGGAUAUUCCUUGUAACUUGUAUGAUCUGAAGCAGUUGUGGAUAAAUAUAAAUAUAUUUCUUUAUGUAAUGGAUAUAUAUAUAUGUAUGUAUAUAUACACAUACUAGUGUAAGUAGAAAAAUGAUAUCUUUGAUGUGAGUAAAAUGUACAAGAUUUCGACCAAAUCCUUGACUGUGUUCAUGAUAGAACGUUCUUGGAGUUUCGUUUCCACGUGUAUCUUGCGAAAUACGCACUGUUAAACAUUAUCAUGAAUAUGAUAAUGAGCAUACAUGAAAUACACAUGGUGAUGUUUGUAA